AUGAGGGAAGAGCAGAGGCGUAAGAUUACAACCAUCACCACAUCGCGCACCAGUUAUGGCGCAUCCAGCAAUCGAUCAGCCUUCGGCUACUGGGUCCCUCUGGCGAUAACUUUAACUGCUGCUACGGUCGCACUAGGAGCCUGGAUCUGGAGUGAACGGGAUGAUAAAGAAGAGUCUGAGUCUGAAAAUGAACACUAUUAUGCCAGCACUUCCAAACCCAGCGGUAGACAUGAUGGUGGUCUUAGUGGCGCUUCGACUGCUGCAGGCACGGCAGGACUUGGGGCAGCAGCUGGUUAUGCCAGUAUGAGUGGUGGUCUACCUCCUGGGCCUGGUCCAGCUGGUUCCCAGCAGCAACCUCCACCUGGAUCUUUUGCACCACAGCCUCCGUUGCAAGGAGGGUUCCAAGGUCCUCCUCCUGGCUCGAUGCCUCCUGGCGCAAGUGGUGAGGCUGCAGGUUUCUAUAACCAGGAGAAUCAAUCGCGCGCAAUGUCAACUGGUGUCUCAAAUACUCAGCAAGACGACUCGAGUUUCCUGACGAGAAUGACAAACGCAGUCGGCAGUAAUACAUGGGCAGGCAAAUCUCUAGCAGCAGCUGGUUCAAUGGUUGGAGGGGCCGUAAAUGCUGUAAGAGGUGCUGGGGACGAUGGUCAAGCCUUCAGUGAUCAGGAGAGAUGGUCAGAAGAAGCCGACAAACCAGAAAGAACAAUGUCCCCUCGAAAAUCGACUGGCACAGUUGCUGGUGCGGGCGCAGACGUUAGUAGGCGAGGACUGCAGCGAACCGGUACGGCAGCAGAAUUUUACUCCGGCGCUGUUGAUGCCCCACGACGGAGUUCAGUUGCCUCCAAGAAGCGUCGAACUGUCGCCGUGGUUGUCUCUGCUGUGGACAGAGUCGACGAUGGCCUCGAAGUAGACGCUCAUCAGUCCAUCCUUGCUCAUCUGCCAGGAUACAUCAACCCUGACACUACACGGAUCAUAGUCCUUAUCUACGACCCCGAACUACAUACACAUCCUCUAUCUCUCAUCUCUCGACGCGCCUCAGAACGUCACACAUCAGUUCCAUCUGUCCGAUCACAAUCUACCUCCUCCUACGCUAAGAUAAACACCCCUGGCGCAAACGGCACACCAGCACAAACCCCAGGCGACUUCCCUCACGACAACGACUCCGAUGAUAAAGGUAUACUAGCUCACAUCGACCCCAAGCCCGAAGACAGCAACACCUCCCUCUCCCGCCGCGACUCCCGAGACGAUCGCUCCGAGCAGAAACGCGAAACACUCGCAUACCCCGCCACCGCAUCCCUAGUCCGCGAACGCAGCAACGAACUCAUCCCCACCAACAACCCCCUCGACGUUGAAGCCAACCCCCUCUUCAAAACUCUUUACAACCAAGCCAACGCCCUCGUCGACCGCGACACCUCGAUCCUCCCAUUCACUUCCCGCGACGGCCACAAGCACAUUCUCCGCUCAAUCCAGCCCGAAACCCUAUAUAUCCAAGAAUCACUCUGUGGCACAGAUGGCUCACUUGUCUCGGAACUGCGAGGCUGGGUCAGGAGUAUUGUCGUGGUGAUUGGUGACGAGGGCGGAUUUGGUGGGUUGAUUGAUUCGGAUACUGAAGAUGAGAGGGGGAGACGAAAGCAGACCGGCAUGAGUGCUGAGAAGUGGUGGAAAAAGGAGAGUGUGACGGGCGUUGGGAGAGGGGUUAGUGUGGUUGAGAGUCUGAAUGUCGGCGAUGAUUGGAGGAGGAGGGUGAAUGAUGAGGAAUGA